UGCAUCUAAACAUUUUCUAAAACUGAACUGAAUUUAAGCAAUUACAGAGAAAAAGAGAAAAACGUCAUUAUUCUGAAAACGACCCAUAUGUGCUCCUCUAGGAAAUAAAUCUAAUCUAAUAAACACGUGUUUUGUAUAACAAACGACGUGUUUUAUUUUUCAGACCUGCAGAGAGAUUUGAUAGUUCUCUACAGGCAACGGUACCACACCCUACCCUUGUCACCUUUGUUGGAAGAAAGUGACACGCCUCUUCUUAAAUUUUACGUCAUGCCAGACGUAGUUUCAGUCGAAAUUCAGCGGUCGCUUGGAGGUGGCAGAGAAGAUAGAUUAAAGGUUACGUCAUUGCAUGAUGUCUUCUACAAGGAAAGCAAACCGUGUCGUGAAAUUUACCUUACUGCAGAUGCUGGGUUGGGGAAAACAGCAUUUAGUAAACGGCUUAUUUUGACGUGGUGUCAAGCCAAACAAUUCAUUAACAAUGAAGAAAAGUACUUUAAGAGUGAAGCUAUUAGUACAAUGUCAGAGUUUGAAUUCGUGUUCUUGUUGUCAUUGCGUGAUUAUUCCGACGAAUGCGACAUUGAUGACAUGAUCAUAAAACAAAUUAUUCCACGGCUGGCAAGUACGUCUGUUACGAUAAGCGACCUGGAAACCAUUCUUUCAAAGGAAAAAUGCCUGUUGAUUCUUGAUGGUUUAGACGAGUGGACACACCCAGUAUCUGUCUGUAAACAAGGAAGAAGUGAUAUUCCACACAGGAAAGCAAGGAAAUGUACAAUCCUAACAACAACUAGACCAUGGAAAAUGAGCGUUAUAAAGUUAAGUUCAUGUCAAAUAGAACAAAAGUUGGAACUUGUUGGACUUAACGAAACAUCUGUUCAGAGCUUAAAGAGGAGUGUGAUCACACUAUUGUGUGGUAAAUCCGACAUAGAAAAACACAUUCAAGACUUUGAUCGCGCUGUCCAUGAUAAAAGCAUUUCAGAUUUGGAAGCCAUUCCGCUCUUACUGACGUAUCUUCUGUGUUUAUGGUGUGAUGAUAUAGAUCUUGGAAGAUCUAAAAGUGAGUUAUACUGCCAAAUUAUUGAACUGCUCAUGAAGAGAACGUUUGAAAAGUAUCCGGACAUGCAACAGGCACGAGAAUCAUCACGAAGUGAUAUCCCACAAUGCGUCAGUGGACAUGUACAUUGUGAAAAACUCUACAAACUUCUGAAAGCUUUAGGACAAUUGUCAUUUGAGACACUAUUCAGUGAAAACAAAGAGAACACGCUUGUUUUCAAACUAUCAGUUGCAGAAAAGUACCUAAACCCAGAUUAUUUGAAAUUAAGUCUUCUCUCGGGAAUAUUAACACAAAGUAAAGUACAAGAAAAAAUAACCAUACAAAGUCCUAAAGUUUCGUUUUCCCACAAAACAAUGCAGGAGUACCUUUGUGCAUUGUAUAUAAGCUGUCACAGUGACAGUGAUAUCCAGAAAAUUGUUCUGCAAAACUGCAGAAGUUUACAAAAUAUUCUCGACAUGUCGACAGUGUUUGUUUUUAUCAGUGGAAUGAAUUCAAAAAUCAUUUCUUCGAUAUCAUACGAGUUAAUGUCUGUGAUCAGCCAGGAUGAGAUAACGGUUGAGUACAGGUCAACAACAUCUUACGAUAUGUUCAUGAGACAUCCUCUAAAAGACAUACAAGACAUGUACAUUUCUUGUAUCAAAGAAAACCCAGACAAUGAGGACCUUAGACUUAGUUGUCAAGAUGUUUUCUUUGGCUAUGACUUUGAACAAGAAAAAUACUUUACACGUUUGAAACGGCUGGCAAUACACAAUAAAAACAAUAUGGAAUCAAUAAAUAUCGACACACUUGGUGGUCCUAGUUUACAUAAAAUCGUCGAUUCAUGUGCACUUGUUGAACCCUUCAACAUCAACAAAUUAUACUACUACGGUAGGGGUGAAGAAACGGUACUAAUUAAACUGUUGAACAGAUCGGGGCAAUGCGUCACUGUUAUAUCGUCUGUUCAGUUUGGUUCCUGGACCAGUGAAAUGUCUAAAACAUUACAGAAUAAUGCCCUGUUACAAGCAGUUUAUAUCAGACUUUUCAAGAUGAGUCAUGAUGUACUGAAUGGCUUUCUGAAUUAUAUUGUAAACAGAAAAACAAUGACAGAGAUUAGAAUAGAGAACUUAAUGUGUACCGAGCACCGUCGUUCAUGUACUUUAAGUUUGGACUUUCGCCAGCAUUCAGAUCUAAGGAAGUUAGAGUUGCACUAUACACCUAAAGUGUCACAACUGAAAGUUAAUAGUCAAGUAAAAUACGUGGCAUUGUGGGAUAUCAAUCUCACUGAAAUGUUGCUGCCUCCUGAAAUGGUCAAUAUUGAAAGAGUUGAGUUGUGGUUUGUAAACAUGUCUGCCUCAUCAUUCCGUGAUCUCGUUAAGGUAGUGGAGAAACUUUCACACAAAGUAACAGUAAAAAUUAAACGUUGCGAGAUGAGACCGGAAACAGAGGCUGAAAAUGUUAAGCAAUUUAUACGUUCAUCCCAGAAUUUCCGAGUCACGGAGGAUGUUGGUUCGCAGUUUGUGUUUGAAACAAUUUAACUUGAAAGUCAAUUUAUUAAGCACUCGGACUGAUAAUAAUAGCAUAUUACAUGAUUAUAAAUGUCAUUUACUAAAAAUUAAACGCGAAUAAAUAGCACACUGACCUACAACAUGUAUAUUUGUACAGAAUUAAAGAUAGUCGCGCGGAGUGAAUUAAACAUGAAGUAAGUCUUGGUUGAAAAGGUGGAUGUUCUUCUGCAAGGAUUUAUACACAAUCUGGCCAAAAGAAAACAAAGACAAACCAAGGCAAGACAAAACAAAACCUGAACGAAAUGAAAGAUAACAUCAGCGAUAUUAGAUAGUCUAGGCCUAAUAUGGAUCGCAGAUUGUGAUACAAAAGAAACAGAAGACAGUGCUGAAUCUCAGAUAAUUUUAUUGAAUGCUAAAGUAAUACAUACAGGAAACGUAAGUUGUUAUUUGACUGGAUCUCAAACUCAUGAAACUAAAGGAUUGAAUACGGGCAUUUUAAUUUGAACGUAUGAGGCAGACGAUGUAACUGAAUCUCAGAUAAUUGCAUUAACUAUAGACGUUAUAGAUGCAAUGAACGAUGCUUUUGAUUUUGCUGGAUCUCAGAUUGAAGAAGUAAAAACGGGCAUUACAGUUGCGAUUUAUCAGGCAGAAGAUAUUACUGAAAUUUAGACUAACGGUGCUUUAAAUUUGGUAGACAUACCUACAAUGAUAAGACUAAAACAUCGAAUACUGCCGAUAAAUAGAUGUUUAAAGUGUUAUAAAAAGAGAAUGAAGUACAAAGUUUAAACGUUAAUUGAAAUAAUAACUUGGAUAAUAGAAGGUUACACAUUUAUAACUUGCAACAAAAGUUUUACCAUUACAGGUAAUGUGAAAAGACCUAUGAAACCAGUGCACACUCUCACACACUAGGUCAGAAAUACAGUGUUCAAUUUAUGGAAAAGCAAGUGCGUCAAAAUUAGACUUAAGGAAUAUUUAGUAUUUAGUAAAUUCAAAUUUACUUAUUGUGAAAAGGUAUUUAAUUUAUAGUCUAGUUUAAUUUCUUAUAUAUGACGACACGAAAAUGUCUUUGACUUUAUUUGGUGUAAAGGAUUCAAUAAAAGACAUAAAUAUCAGAAGGAUAUGUGUCAAAACAUAAUCGUCUAAAAUCGAAUAAAUUUGACAAAUGCCAAAAACAUUUAGACACAUUCAUAAUCUUAGAACACAAAGUAAAUGCAGAGAAAAGAAGGGGGCAUGCAUGAUUAAAAUGUAUAGCAAUUCGUUUAAGCAAAACGCAUACUUGCAGGAACAUAUGAAAGUUUAUGAUAAUCCAGAAUGAUUUCAGUAUUAACAUUGUUUGAAUAGUUACAAAUAUAGGGCAUCCCUACACAAUCAAAAGUGUUGUUUUAUACAUAUUGAUCGGGAGGUGAGUUCGUAAUAUAUAUAUUUUUUUUAAAAAUUUUACACUUUCCCUUUAUAACAUACGUAAAUCAAUACGAAAUAAAGAUCAUAUAUAAAAUGUUUGUAAGUCUUGUAUUGUCAUCAUUGUUUUUACUUUUCAAGACAUGCUUUGUACUAAAUUUUUUAUAGCAUAUGUAUGUACAUUCAAACAAGAAUAUGUUUUGUGAAAUCAAGGUUUUAGCUGAUGAUCGUGUUUAUGUUAAGAGUUCGUUGUUUUAAACGUGAUUAAAGUUGUUGCAUUUGAUUGCUUCAUAUUUUUCAUGUAUGUUUCAGUAUUCAAAAUGAAUGGACUA